AUGGUCGCACUGAUAGGCGGCACUGAUGGGCACUGAUAUGGCAGCACUUAAAGGCACUGAGAUAGCAAAAAAGCUGUGUCCCUCUCAAGGGCGGACUGACAACUCAUGGGGUCCCCGGGCAAUAGGGGAUCAUGGGGCCCCUGUGUCCUUGCCCAAACUCAAAAAGCCUAUGAAAAAGGUACCAGGGGCAUCUCAUGGGGCCCCCUACUGACCCCGGGCCCUCGGGCAGUGCCCAAGUUUCCAAAUGAUCAGUCCACCCCUGGUC